UCUUGUUUUCUGUCUCCAUCGCCAUGAUAACCUUUGUUGCAAUUGUUGACAACAUAACACACCAAAAGAACGAUGGAUGUCGAAAAUGAUGACAUAUUUGGCGGCGUUUGCUGGGCGAAGCCACAAUCGUCGUCGUGUGCUUCCGAUGAGCAUAAAGCCACCGCUUUCCGUGGUGACAGUGUCGGAAGUAAAAGUAACAAAAGUACAAACGUGUCAGAACUAUUCGGAGCGCCAGAUGGCAUAUCUUUGCGAAGAAAAUCUGCUGUAUCCACACCGGUCAACGGUGACGAAUUUGUCAAAGUGUGUGAAAUCAAGACCGGGUGGCUCAACGACAGCAAGUCCAGAUUGUCGUUGCUUCCGACUCUAGAUUCGCAAUUUGCUGAUCGACUAGAACGACUUCGAACUAGGGAAAGUGAUGGGCCAAAUGAAGAAGACGAAGGAAAGGAGAAUAUGAAGACUAACAACAAGGAGAACAACGAUGAAAGUGACGUCAAAGACGGAAAAGAGUAUCCAGAGCAGCAGCGGAAUGAAGAGGAAGAUUGCUCAUCUAUUUUUAAAAAGGGUACUGGGCAGAUAUUGCAGCCGCAACAUGAAGGAGCAACCAUUUGUGACCAUGAAUCGUAUCUAAACGAAAAGGUUGAUAUCAUUGAGACUAUUCCAAAGAUUCCGGCAAUUUUGAUAAUGGAUCACAUCGCAUCGUUCGUAAACGACCGUAUGGUAUGGAAUUCGUUGGCUGCAUUGAGUAAGGAAACCUAUGCAAUCACAGUGACGCCAUCCCAUUCGAAACAGAACAGUAUUUAUCGUCCUUGGCCCCGUGUUCGGUGGAGAUUAGCUGCCACAACAGCGUCCAUGGACGCAAAAACAUAUUCCCAGAAUCGAAGAAAUCAUCUAACAUCGACAUCACAACAAGUCUCACACCGUCGGUGGUCUCGAAUGCCGGCCCGUGGGUCUGUCCAAACAUCCGCUAGACCUUGGACCGUUUGCUUCGGAACCAAUUAUUUAGGAUGUGGCACCGAUCGAGGGGGCGUGUUGGUACGAGCCGUCCACAACGGAUCGACAAUGUCUGCCCAGGGGCAUUUCGGCCGGAUCAACAGUGUUCAGCUCUUUGCUGAAAGCUGGUUUUUGUCUGGGGGAGACGACAAGGUUGUUCGUAUAUGGAACAUUCGAAAGAACAAAAUCUCUUGUGAAGCGGUCCUCAAGGGCCACAUUGGUAGUAUCACAUCUAUUGCAGUAGUCUCAUACCGAAACACUCAUUGUGUAGGUAAUGGGGGUGGUGAAAAUUCAAUGUCAGGUUGCAUGCUAGUAGCCACGGCUGCUUUGGAUGGCAAUAUUCAUCUGCAUGUGGUCAAUUACAAGGACGACCGAGUGAUAUCCACACAACACAUGGUCCACUUUGAAGAUAGCCAAGAACCUAUCCACACUGCAAAACAACCAAUUUAUUCCAUCGUCAUGUUUGAAAAGGAUGGGCAUACGAGUCUUGUUUCAGGUGGUGAAGAUGGAUGUUUGAGAGUUUGGGAUGUGGACGAAGCCAUGGAUAAUGCUCUUGGCAAUCAUGAAGGUAUCCUUGGCCAAUAUCCCAAUCGCGCUUCCGAUAAAACAGACGAGCUGUCGAUCAGGGCAGCUCCCAAAAGAAUAGUUCGCAACGCUUGUAUUUUUCGAGAUGAUGGAGAAAUCAAGAGUAUUGCAAUUUCUCGCGAUAAGCAACAGAUCGCAGCUGCUUAUGGCAGGACCAUUUGCCAUUGUGCCCUUUCUGUAGAAACGCUUUCCAAGUUUAAUGACAGCCAUCAUCAUUACCAGGCACACCACCAACGAAGACGACUUCGAACCAAUCAGAACCAUUUUGAGAGAGAAAAUUCAUUCGAAGCAGAACACCAGAACCAUCGUCACGGCAAUGAUGGUUGGCGGCUUUUGAAAGGUCAUUAUUCCGGUGACAUUCGUUGCAUUUCGUUUUCCUCCGAUGGAAAUUCCAUCGCUUCAGCGUGCAGCGAUGGUUCCAUUCGGCUCUGGGACCUCGAGAAAGGAUGUUGGAAUCGAAAGUGGAAGGCACACAACGGCUUCAUGGUCUGCUCGAUUGCAGUUUCACCUGACGGGCAAAGUUUGCUCUCUGCUGGGUCAGAUGGAACUAUUGCAAUCGAGGGGCUCUUAUGAUUCAGUUCCCCAAAUUGGUCAAUGUGUAGAUAGAGCAAUGACAAGAAGAUAACCUAGCGGAUAACGUACCAAAAGGCUUCCCAGGACAUGUAUUGAUAGAACCUCAUCAGGAGACUGGAGGUGAUGAAAAGACGAGAAACAGAUAUGUUCUAUACGAAUAUUAUAGGAGGUAAAGUACCCAUCUUCUGUUGGUUCAUGAAGUGGAUUAUGGGAGCAAUAAAUCCAAAAACUAGAG